UCCAAAUCGCAGAGUCUUGAUCUAUCGAACCUGGCCAAGUUUUUGUUCAAACCGCGAAAGCUGCAUUCAGCCCGCCCCACUUCCCUCUCACGCGUUUCAGCCAUCUCCCUGUAUUUCUUUUCAAUUUUGAUCAUUCAUUACGAAAACCUGAGCUAAUUUUUGAGGAUCAGGACACACUGAGAGACCCCCAGAGAGAAAAAAACACUCUGAUCUUGUAUUAGGCAAAUCUUGUACUGAUUCAACAAUGGCGUACGUAGAUCACGCAUUCUCGAUUUCUGACGAGGAUAUCAUGAUGGAGCCAUCAUACGUUGUCAACAACAAACCUCCCAUCAAGGAGAUCGGCCUCGCCGUUGCUCUCCUCUUCUUUGGAACCCUCGGCAUCAUCAUCGGUUCCAUCAUGGCCUAUAAUCAUGUCGGCGGUGACACGGCUCACGGGCUUUUCUUUGCUAUACUGGGAACCAUCUUGUUCAUUCCGGGUUUCUACUAUACGCGGAUUGCUUAUUUUGCCUACAAGGGAUAUAAAGGAUUUUCUUUCUCUAAUAUACCUCCUGUGUAGCUGGGUCUUAUAUGUCAAGUUCAAAUAUCAUUCUGUACAGAUCGUCAAGGGUUGUAUGUUUUUUUUAUAUCUUUUUUGUUCUUUAGUUUUGCCGGAAAAUAAUGUAUUUAGAUUACUGGUGCUCAAAACUCAGACCAAAAAAGAAAAAAGAUUACAUCCUGGAACAAUAUAUACAACGAUGGUCAAAAUUAUCUUCUAUAUAUUUUGCUGUUUCUACUCUAAA